UUUUUAAUUUUUGCUUUUAUUCGCGAUACCUACCAUCAUUAUAGUUUAAAAUUUAAAAAAGUCAAGUUUCAAUACAAAUUUUUAAAAAAUAUCCAUAGAGACAUAUACGCAUACUCAGUUUGUUCCCGAAAACAAAUUGGCAUUCUUCAACGGCCGACCUUUAAUAGAGUUUGGAAGCGUUUUGCACCUUAAUCGAGUGCGUACGCGCGCGGGGCCAGCGCGAAUUAAGUGGGCGCUUACGAUAUAAAUUGAAUGCGGCUUAAUUGAAACAAUGAUAUCAUUGAUACAUCGCGAGGAUGCCCUUGGAUGACGGGAGAGCUUUCUGCGAGCGAAUAGGGCGAACAGUGUGUGUUGUGUGUGCCGACGGUUAGGUCUAUAUAUGCUUUUCGUCACGAAAUCCGCGAGAUUGCUUCAUAUACGACUUUGGACUAUUACCGAGAUGCCGAUCUUAUCUUUUUAAACAGAGUGUUUGCCAGUCAUCGUCACAGGAUAAACCUUAUGAUAUAUGGUAGCGCAGACUUUAGUCAAAAAAAAAAAUUAUAAUCGUGUCAGAAUUAUGAUGAUUGAAAAUUGUUUUGGUACAGUUAAAUGGAGCGUUGAUUGAUGAAAGUGACGAUUUUUCCAACAAUUGUUUAUUGGUGUAGUUAAUUAUAGGAAUCUUGAUUACACAUACUUGACUAAUUGGAAUUAAAUUACAAUAAAUUAUAAAUCAUGCAUCUCCUGUCGGCGGGUACUAUGGAUCCUGGUAUUUUGGGGAUUCGGCACCAACUACAUGCUGAGGAUCAACCUGAACCUGGCGAUCGUCACGAUGGUCGUUCCCCACGAGAAGUCCGCCGCAGCUUCCGAGUGUCUGCAGGAACAGACACCCGGAAACACCAGCCUUCACAAUUACCAUGAUCCAGCUAACUUUACCUCCGUGGUUGGUCAGAAUUUCACCAGCACGACUAUGCUUUCGAAGGAUGAAUGGAACGAUCGCUUCCAGUGGAACGAGUACCAGCAGGGUCUGGUUCUCGGCGCCUAUUACUGGAUACACUGGUUGUCGCAGCUUCCUGGAGGUCUUCUCGCCCGCAAGUACGGCACCAAAAUUGUCUUCGGCAUGGGAAACUUGCUCGUCGCUCUCGUGGGCUUUCUCAUACCCGUCGCCACCCACUACAGCCUCAACAGUCUGAUUUUUCUCAGAUUGCUUCAGGGCUUCUUUUCCGGGAUCGUAUGGCCAUCGAUGCACGACAUGACGGCCAAGUGGAUACCGCCGAACGAGCGAAGCCGAUUCGUCAGCUCGUACCUGGGUAGUUCCGUUGGAGCGGCUAUUACUUAUCCACUGUGCGCUAGUAUCAUCGAUGCCUAUGGUUGGGAAGCUGUGUUCUACAUCACCUCCAUGCUCGGUCUUGUUUGGUACGUAUUCUGGCUGUUCCUGGUCUACGACUCGCCUCGUCAACACCCGCGAAUCACCGACGACGAGAAGAACUACAUCCUGAAGAGCUUGGCGGAGUCGACGGACGAGCACAACGAGUCGAGCGACAUGAAGAGCAAGAAGGUUCCGUGGAAAGCCAUACUGACCUCCGGUCCAUUCUGGGUCACGAUACUCGCACACUGGGGCGGACUCUGGGGCUUUAUAACCUUCAUGACCCAGGCGCCUUCGUACUUCAACUACGUCCAGGGCUGGAACAUCCAAGCGACCGGUAUGCUCUCGGGCUUGCCGCACAUCGCUCGCAUGGCCUUCUCCUACGUCUUCUCCAUCUUAGCGGACUGGCUACUGCGCACGAAAAGGAUGAGCCUCACGGGAGUCCGGAAAUUGGCGAACUUUGUCUGCGCCGGUGGUCAGUGCAUUCUGACGAUCGGCUUGAGCUUCAGCGGCUGCGCGCCUAUUUUCGCGGCCUUUUUCAUGAUCUCCGGUACCGCGAUCAACGGGGCUAUCUCGUCCGGUACCAUACCGUCAUUCGUCGAUCUUAGUCCUAAUUAUGCAAGCAUACUCUUCGGCAUCAAUAAUCUGAUGACGGCGCCUACAGGAUUUUUGUCGCCGAUAGUCGUCGGCAUGCUCACCAAUGAUAACCAAACGAUUGGACAAUGGCGUUUGGUUUUCCUCAUAUCCGCGGUGAAUCUCGGUCUCAGCUGCCUCGUUCAUCUGAUAUGGGGUACCUCGGAGGAGCAGCCUUGGAAUCAUUACGCGAGGGAACGAAGCGCGAAGAAAGCUGAAGAGGCUGAACUAGAGGGAGAGGAGCUUGUGGCGAUGAAACCUGGAACUGAGCCGAAUGGACAGGAGAAAAGAAAGGAUUCAGAAGUCAGCAAUAAUAAAUAAUAUGCUCCAAGUUGGAGAAACGCGGAUAAAAAUGUUUACUCGUUCAUAAGAGAAGUUCAUAUGAGUAUAUGUACAUAUAUAUUGUCGACUAUAAUUAUAUAGUCGUUGAAUGUAACUGUACGCUUUUUAUUCAGCUUUUCGAAAAGUAAGUUGUUUUAUUGAUUGAUUUUUUUAUACGAAAGAAAAUGCAGCUAACGCUAUGUUGACGUUAUCUCGAACUUUAAACCCACAAAUGAAACUCUGUGCAUAUUUUAUUAUUUUUAUGUUAUGUAAAACGUGAAAUAGCCGUGUUGAUUUAUUUCAUAAACACGUCCUAUUUGUAUACAUAUACAUAUCAAUAUACUUUAUAAAUUUUAUAACGAAAUGUCAUAAUUUCAAAAACUGCAACCAAAGCGUUGAAAAACUUACAACAAAAGUGCAAAAAGAAAUUGUUAUAAGGUGCAGUAUAAAACAUCCAAAUCAUUGUAAAUAUUUUUACUAGAAAUAAAGAUCUUUGUA